UCCAGUAUAAAUUCUCCCGGCCGGCAAACACACAUCGACACACUCAACUCAAGCUCCCCUCGCCUUCCCAGUCACGACACCCCGCUCUCUCCUCGCAGGAACCAAGUAGCAGCGCACCACUUGUUGUCGUUGUUGGCAAACAAAAACAAACAAUCAAUGGCAGCGGCGGCGGCGGUUCCCUCGCACGAUCAGAAGCGCAUCCCGGCGCCGUCCUCGCUCCACUACGUGGCGCCGUUCGGCGGCGGGUCGGACCGCCUGAGCAAGGAGAUCUUCUCCAUCCUCGAGUCCAACUUCCUCUUCGGCGCCGCCGCGCAUGCCCAGGCCCAGGCGCAGCAAGAUGGCGGCGGCCGCGUGCGCGUGCUCUCCAUCGACGGCGGCGCGGACGGCGGCGCGCUGGCGGCGGCCGCGCUGGUGCGUCUCGAGCGCCGCCUCCAGGAGCUCUCGGGCGACCCCGCAGCGCGCGUCGCCGACUACUUCGACCUCGCCGCCGGGUCCGGCGCCGGCGGGUUCCUCGCGGCCGCCCUCUUCGCGUCCCGCAUGCCCGCCGCCGCCGCGCGGGACCUCGUGGCCAAGAACCGCAAGCUCUUCUCUGGCCGCGGCGGCCAUGGUGGAGGGCUGUUUAACUUCCGGGCGCGCCCCGAGGCGGUGUUCAGGAAGGCGUUCGGGGACGCCCUGACGGUGCGCGACGCGGCCAAGCCGCUGCUGAUCCCCUGCUACGACGUGGCCACGGCGGCGCCCUUCGUCUUCUCCCGCGCCGACGCCGUCGAGGCCGACGCCUUCGACUUCCCGCUCUGGAAGGUCUGCGCCGCCGCCUGCGGCGUGGGCCCCGCCGAGACGGCGUCCCUCGACGGCCGCACCAGGCUGCGCGCGGCGGCAUCCGCCGCCGUCGCCAACCCGGCCGCCGUCGCCGUCACGCACGUGCUCCACAACAAGCGCGAGUUCCCCUUCGCCGCCGGGCCCGCCGACAUCCUCGUGCUCUCCCUCGGCGGCAACACUUCCGCCGCCGGCAAUGGCCGCGGGCUUUCAUCGGCGUCCGGGCUCCUGCGCAUCGCCGGCGCGUGCCAGGCUGACAUGGUGGACCAGGCCGUGUCCAUGUCGUUCGGCGAGAACAGAGCGACCAACUACAUCCGAAUCCAGGGCAAUGGCAUUGCUCCGGGGGCGACGGCGGAGGCGGCCAUGGACGAGCGCGGGGUGGAGUCCGUGCUGUUCAGGGGGAAGAAGCUGAUGGCGGAGACGAACGGCGAGCGGCUGGACGGCGUGGCGGCGCAGCUGGUGGCGGAGCAGCGGCGGCGGAUGGACAGCAAGACGCCGGUGGUGCUCAUCAAGCCGGCGGCGAUGACGCCCAGGACGUCGUCCUCGUCCGCGUCCACGCUCAUCACCGUCUCCACCAACUCCUCCGACGAGUCCUCGCCCUGAGAUAGAACAAAAGAAGGACGACAAUGGAGAUGCUAAUUAACUCUAGCUUUGGGUUCCCCAUUUUAUUUAAUUUGUUUGGGCGGGGAUCGAUCGAUUGAGCAUCUGGGUGUUGCUUGCCGACGUCCUCAGUAGUAGAGUGCUAGUAGUGGUUGAUUAAUUAGCGGGGCGCCGGCGCUAGUAGGGGGUUGUUUUGGUUGCCUGCCGGCGCCGCCGGGCGCUCGCUCCCGCCGGUCCGGGCUGCCGCCGCCGCCGAUCGAUCCGUUGGCGCGCGCGUGUGUGUUGCCGGUGCCGGGGAAGAAAGAGGAGAGUGGUCGAGUCAGAAAUGUGGGUGGGGUUUCUACUAAGCUAGGAAAUGCUGAGUGUGCGUGCGUGCGUGUGCCGCAAAUGCAAUGUACUGAUGCUACUGUACUGCGAUUCUACUACGAUGAGCGUGGCUUUGCUGGUGAACAGUGAUAACUCAGUGUACGUGCUCCAGUACUUAAUGCAAUCUUUUUUUUUA